AUGGCGGCGAGGCCCCCCCCGUAUGGAAGCCUGGAACAGGCAGCAGUGGCAGCAGGGGCAAAUGAAGCAGCAUCACAGACAGAAGCAGCAGAUAGUGGACCCCAAAUGCAUGCAAACCACGCAGCAGCAGCAGCAGGCCCUCUCAAGGGCGUUGACGUAGAUAUACCGCCGUUCUUUGCAAAGGCGGGUCUUUCAGAAGCUGCUGCACCUGCUUCAGCAGCAGAAGCGGCAUUUGCUGGCGCCGCUCCCGCAGACCCACCUUUGUCCGAUUUCACUUUGUUGGUGGCUCGACGCUACAUUCUUGUUGUGGCGAGCACAGAUCGCCUCCAGCGGCGGCCACUGCAUCAGCAGUGCAGCAGGGUGCAGCAGCACAAUGUGCAGCAGCAGCAGAUUCGCGAAUGCAUUCUGCAUGGGGACGGCCUGGCGUGGAGGCGGCUUCACUCGUUGCUGCUGAUCCAUAAACAGCCGACACUGCAGCAGCGAGAGCACAUGAAGCAGUAUUUCAACCUCCACCAGCAGCAGCAGCAGCAGCAGCAGCAGCAGCAUUGUUUCCACCGGCCUCCCACAUGGGAGAGGAUAGGCAAAAGGUUAAUGACAACGGAGGAAGCAGAAGAGUGUUUGAAAAAUGCGCUAUUGCUGCUGUUGGAGGAGCCGCAGCAGCAGGUUCGCUGCGCUGGUCUCGUCGGCUUCUUGCCGCUUGUUUGCGGGUUCCACCUCGUAGCUGCUGCCGGCGCACAGCCUGCAGCACGCUUGCUGCAGCACCACACAGUGCAUGCACUGGAUGGCUUGCUGCUGCUGCCACUUUUCUUCGACGCAGUAUCUGCACAGGAGGCCGCAGCCUUCUGCUGCAGCAUACCGCCUACUAUUGACUUACUGUAUUCACUGCAACAGCACCAACAUCAGCAGCAUCAUCAUCAUCACCAACAGCAGUCUGUGUACUUGCAACAGGUGCAGGAUCUAUGCAGGGGGCUGGCAGGUCUGUCGUUGAAUUCGGGAGCAGCAGCAGCAGCAGCAGCAGCAGCAGCAGCAGAGGACGCAAAACAUCGAGCCUCAGUUUCCGCAUAUCAUGCAGAUAGGGGGUUUUACUUCUGUCGGACCCUUUGCAUCAACUUGUCAUUACAGCAGUUGGCUGCUAGGAGAGCUGCUGCUCGUGCUGCUGCUGCUGCCGCCGCAGCAGCUGAGCUAGCUGGAACAGGGGUAGAAGCAUCAGCAGAAGCUUGUACUGCUGCACGUUCAGCGCGAUUUCACGAGCUGUAUAUCACUUGCGAGUUGCAUUCAGAAGACAGCAGCGACAAGCAGCAGCAGCAGCAGGAGAAUGAGCAGCAGCAGCAGGGGUGCAGCAGCCGCUGGCGCAGGUCGCCGCUACACAGGGAGGAGUGUCGAUUCUUGUGGAACCGGGAACUGCUGUCUCUGCUGCUGCAACGGCAACAGCCGGAGUUGAUAUCUGAGGGUUUCUUCGUGCUGCUGCUGCAUGGCUCGGUGCAGCAGCAGGUGCUGCACACGCAAGGAGUGCUGCUGCAGCUGCUGACAAUAUCGCGGCGGUCUGCUUCCUUUGCGGGGCCUCGGUACCGGAAGCGGGGGCUCAAUGACGCAGGAGACGCCGCUAAUGAGGUGGAGGUGGAGUUCAUCUGUCAAGCCGCAAUGCCGUCGCGUGCAGCAGCAGCAGCAGCAGCUGUGGAGGCAGCAGCAACAGCAACAGCAGCAUCACCAGACACUCCUGCUGCACUAAGGAAGCAGGUUUUGCUCCGUGGAGGAGGCGCAUUUGAGGCUGCUGUUGCGUCACAUACAGACGUGAACUGCAGUGCCAUCAGGAGGCACAUGGCAGGCCUGCUGCAGCGGUACGGAGCUCCCCUUCUUCUACUUAAUCUUCUGCGGAGCAGCCCGCGCCUGGGGCCACCCGUUGCAGUUAAGCAGACAGCGCCGCGCGCCCUCUCCGCGGCAGCAGCUAGUCCCGGGGAACAACAGCAGCAGGGCCUAAGGGCAGCUGCCGAAGCAGCAAUGUGUGCUUUUGCGGAGAACGAAGAGAACAGUCACAGUGAAGAAGCACCAGCAGCAGCAACUGUAGCGGAGCAGGAGGCUUAUCUUGGAGAGGAAUACCGCAGAGCAGUUGCAGCUCUGAACGCAGAGCUUCCUGCUGCGGUGCAGCUGCGGUUUGCUGCAGUCGACAUCGAAGCAGCUAGACGCACAAACCCUUCCGGAGCAUCUGCAUGGGUGGGGGCCCUUGCAGCAAAUACCCUUCGAGAGCUGCAGUUUUUUGCUUCCAACGAGUCCGUCGAGACCCUCCCGCUGCUGUAG